GAAAAAAGAAACAUUGCAGUGGCCGCAUGGGUGCAAGCACAUGUGCGUUGAGAACUGCCGCAGUGAAUUAUCAUGUAUGUCUAUGCAUGUAAACAAAUGCUGAAGCGUAAGUUGCGCCAGAAUAACACUUCUGUGUGUUCCGGCAGACUGUACUCUCGCGCAUAUUCGCGAGUGCACAACUUCCACGGCAAGAUGGAAUGGACUUGCGAAUCGUAAGCGCGUUUGAUCAGUCGCCUUGCCCGAUUGGUAAGCGUCACUCCACGUGUUCCUGGCCGCCUGCUGUGGUGCUGCGUAAAUCUGACGCGCUAGCGUGAUGGCAACUGUCAACGGAAAAGCCGAGAAGCGAAUCGGUUUGAGUUGUAAGAAGAUGAAGCGCAUGGAAUCCAAGAAGAGGAAGAUUGAAGCCUUUUUGCAGUUGUGCGAGGACAAGUCAUCGGUCAGCCCAGAAUCGGCCACUGCAACGAAGAAGCGUCAAAAUUCGGACAAAACUUGGGCGCACGAAAAAACGUCUGUUUCAGAGAGGAAGACAACGGACCUUUCAGACGCGGCCAAGACAAUCAGCGAGGAAUUGGUGCAGCUUCGAGCCCGGAAGCGUCCCUUUCCUAGUGCGUGGAAAGAAAUGCCCAAGUUUUUUCUGACCGAUGAUGGCACCGAAGCUGCCUGGGCGUGGCCAGAAACCGAUGCCAGUGCCGACAACGACGACUCCGAGGACGUCGUGGAGGACAAGGCCGUUCUUUACCUUCAAGAUAUCCAGGCCCUGCUCCUUGUAGCCUUAAUGGGCCAGAAGACCCCAAUCUUGACGCGUUGGUGCCGGUACCUACGAAACGAAAAAACGAGCCACAUUGUCGUAAUCACUGUGAGCGGACUCUCGGCGAAGGACCUUAGUGCGAGUGCCGAACAGUUCCCGAAGCUCAGGAACAUAUUCCCUGACGGCGGAGUCCGUGUCGUUCCCUCUGCGCGUUACGGCGCCACAACCGAAUCUGAACUUACGCAAGUGCCAAUCAGUCUCACCAGCGGCAUGAAACUGCGGUGCUUCUUUGGCUCACUGGAGGCCGCCGAGUCUGCUGGUGCGGUCUACAGGUGCUACGGCGCGUUUGUGCCCAUCGAGAAGCCUGACGAUAAAGAAACCAGUGGGAAAAACGAAGAACCGGAGCCGUCCGACAAACCAAGCGCUCCAAAGACAAGCGAUGUGACGGCUGCUGAUGCGCCAGUACUGAACCAGACGGUGGCAAUGCAAAACAAAAGUACCAACAAGAAUGCCAAAAGUAAAAAGACACAGCCGCUUGACAGUAAGUCGCCAGAAAAGCUUCCGGCAAAAGAAGUACCUACUGAAGAUGAAGACAUUGCCACUUUUGAGGUGCCCCGUACAUUUUUUCUGUUGAGCCCAGUUCAGAUGCUGACUGAAGGCUACCCACUGAUCAGAGCAAACAACACACGAGACUACGUCUACACAAAGUCAAGCUACACACCAGUAAAUCAUAACUCCCGCUUGUUUGGAUUAGAUUGUGAGAUGUGCUUGACAACAGCCAGGGUCAACGAGCUCACCCGUGUGGCCAUGGUGGACGAAGAGGAAAACGUGCUGCUUGACGAACUGGUCAAACCUCGCAACCGCAUAAUUAACUACCUCACACAGUUCAGUGGCAUAACGAAAGAAAUGCUGGAUCCAGUUUGGACACGCAUUGAAGAUGUCCAGAAAGCAAUAUCCGACCUUCUGCCCAGCGAUGCCAUCCUUGUGGGACAGUCGCUGAACUGUGACUUGCACGCACUACAUUUGAUACAUCCAUAUGUGAUUGACUCCAGUGUCAUCUACAAUGUGACGGGAAACCGGCGAAUCAAGACGAAGCUCAAGACACUGACAAGCACUUUUCUUGGCGAGGAAAUUCAAACAGGCACCGACGGCCACUGUUCUGCAGAGGACGCCAUCGCAAGUCUUCGCCUUGUCAAGCAUAGGCUCAAACAGGGCCUCUUUUAUGGGGAUGCCGUUCUUAAAGAAAUGCAAAAAAAAAUCAUGGACAGGGCAUUAGAAAUAUACAAUCGUAAGACACAGUUCAAUGUCUUUGUCUAUGAUGAGGAUGAAAUGGGAUUUGGAAGUGCCGGCAAGAAAAGGGAAGAAUAUGAGCCUAUCGGAGUUUAUGUCUACGAUGAGGAAGAGUUGGAGUCCACCACAGUAGCCAAAACACCCACCAAGCCGCAAGAAUCGCCGAGCAAGCAAAAAGAACUAACGGUGUGGGCUAAAUGUCGGAAACAGCUACAAACCGAUUUCCGGGGUGCUGUAAGCAACCUGUUCUACUACCUUAAUAAAAGAGAGAACAGGAGGUUAGUGCAUCUUGUUGGCAAGAAGGAAGUCCUUGGCAACUACCCCAAGUUUGUGCUCAAAACCACUCCACACACUCAAGUGGACAGCAACAAAGAAGUCGCACGAAGCGUGAGGUCUCUUAUGGAAACAAACCAGAUCGUCAUGGCUGGGCUUCAAGCACAGGACAGCAAUGGACAAGUUACCAAGGAAAAGGCAGCAGAAGUGGACAAACUUUUAAGAAAGAUCUAUCGCAAUUGCAGGAAGGCAUGUCUGUUUGUUGUGUUCUUAGAAGGCUCAGUGGACGUGGACACUCAAGUGACUCAACACGGUCUGUGUUUUGUGAAGGUCAAGGAAGCUGAAAAGAGACCUCUGAAAGAAGACUGUAGUGUCGAGGAUUGAUGGACCUCCUAAGGAAUGAUGUGUAGGUGAUGUUAAGCAAUUUUGCUUCAAUUGCUGGUAUUGAUUCUGAGGAUAUUAAAUGUGUUCAAGAUGGUAAAAAAAAUUCAGUGUCAUUCCACUCUGUGAAGGUAGGUGACCAGCGAAGCUGUUUAACGCAAAACAUAGAGGUGACCCAGAAUAUUGAACAAAGGUAUGAACAUAUUUAUUGUCGUAAUCUGUGGUCAUCGUGAUAAUAUAGAUUGGCACACACAUUUGCAUAUCACCUCUGUUAUUAAAUGUGUUCGUCACGUAAGACAAUGGAUGGCUCAUACCCCCUUAAGCAAUCGCUCAUACCGCCGUAAACACAGCCUCCCCAUUACGACAGAUGAGAAGUGAAAUUCCAUACUGGGAUAACGAGUGGCAACGGAGCCAGCUGUGGAAAACGACAACGCUCCAGCCAUUGCUGAUGAUGAUAGUUUUUUAACAACGUGGUCGGAGCCAGCUGUAGAAGAAGACAACGAAGACUCGAGCAGUGGCACCAGUGCGUUUGCGCGGUUGGCGCAGAUAAUUUUUUAACAGUCCUUUUUAAAAAUGUUGUACAAAACAUUUUUUCAAAAACAUCUGUUCUUACCCUUGUGCCUGGGACCUCUUUGUAUCCCAGCUGUGACAAGGGUAUUUCAAGGGCACGUUACUGGUCCCAGAGCACACAGGGGUAUGUGCCACAGAGCUUGCACCCUUUCUUCACUAUCCAAGGAUCAGCCCACAUGAUGAUUCCUUUUUGCCAACACCUCGGACUUUUUUUUCCCCCAGAUCCUAGCCAUAGACAGCUUCACUGUAAGAUGCCCAAAUGUGUGUAUGUGUCAAUAGACAUUAAAGAAAAGCCGUAAAUAAGUUGA